AUGAGUUCCGCAGAUCCUUUAGCCUCUUUGAUGUCUCAAAUGACAAAUGGUGCCGCAUCAGGUACAGGUAUCAUUAAACUUAUGGGUCUUACCAAAUCGUACCUCAACCUUGAUAGCGUGAAUGAUAUUCCAGACUACUUAGUCCUUGAUGUUAAACAGGUGCAACAGGCUCAGUUUGGUUCGUACCCUGAUAGCAAAGAUGUUGCACCAAGUGGUAUUUUUACGGCGAUUUUCCUUCUUCUUUCGGCUGCACAUUUGGCUAUGUUCAUUGUCAACAGAUCCCGGGGUCACAAGUUCUACAUGUCUUUGGCAUUCUCGUUUUAUUGCAUGAUGAGAUUUGUCGGAUUUGCCAUGAGAAUUUCUUGGGCAAAGAACAUCUUGAGAUUGAAAGUCGGUCUUGCUUCUGAAGUGUUUUUAAUCAUUCCAACUGUGCUCCUAGCUUCUUUCAACUUAGUUUUAGCUCAGAGACUUUUCACUUGGAAGCAUCCUAUCAUCGGUACCAGAAAAUUGUUCUGGUGGGGUAUGCUAGCAUUGUACUCUGUGGUUAUCGCUGUCGUUGUGAUGGCAAUCGUCGCUGGUCUAGUUCCUUACCUAUACUUCCUUUCACAAUCACACUACGAUAUGUGUCGUAAUGCCAUGAAAGUGGCAUCAACAUUGAUUGUUAUGUAUUCAUUACUCUCUAUGAUUUUGGUGGGAGCUGCAUACCUUUUCCCAACGUCUCAAAAGGAAAGAGACUCGCUAAUUUACCAGCCUUUCUGGGUCAAAUCUUUCUCUCCAUGUUACUUCCCACCAAAGGGUGCCGCCAAGACUGGCGAGACCUUAUUCAUAAGAAGACAUGCUGGAGAUUCUAGACAGCCUCUUAGAACAAUUGUUGGAGCCGGAAUGAAACUGAUCGAUAACCAUGAAGAGCCAGAGUCAGAUGAAUUGAAUGAUUUCGAGAAUGCUGGUGAGGAGAAGUUCACUUUAAAGCAUAACAUGUCUAUCUUCAUUGUCGCAACUACUACCAUUUUUGUCUUUUUGGGUGCCAUCUUCAGAUGUGUGGGUGUUUAUUUGAAUCAAGAUUACGCUAAUCAGUCUUGGAUUUUUAAGCCCGUGGUUAUGUAUGUGCUAUGGGGUGCUCUAGAGACCAUUGUUAAUAUCAUUUAUUUGGUUGGAAGAAUUGAUUUGAGAUUCUACAGACCAGAUCUCAUUAAGGGUGAUGCUCUAGUAAAUGGAACAUCAUCUUCUGGAUCUGUCGACACUGAAAAAGAUUCCAAUGACACCACUGAUAACGUUGCUUGA